UUACGCAAUCUACCAGCGAUUCUCCACGAAAAUUAUUGGUUUCGUAGUUUUUCCCGUCUUUUCAGUGUUUACUUUUGCACUCUAGACAUUCCUACAGUGUUUACUAGUACGUUCAUCAAGUAAUUGAUGAUCAAUGACAUUAAACAAAUGAAUGCAUUAUUGCUUUGUCCUCUCCGGUACUGUAAACGUACAUGUAUAUCGUCACAUUCUCAAGUAAUUGUAUAGAAGUGUAAUCGUGGGAAGGUGGGGAACUCCACUUCCGUUUUUAUGCCGUGAAUAGUGUUUGUGUGUGUGCAUUUUUCCAUUUAUUUAAAUAAUUUCCCUCUGUGUGCGCUGGUGAAAUUAUCAUCUUUUCUACACUUGCUAGUAUUUUGGAUGAGUCACGUGGCUACGUGCACAGCGGUGACAGGUUGAACGUCACCGGGGGGACACUCGUGAUUCCGGUGGUAACGAAGAUGGCCAUUAAAAUAAUUAAAAAAUUGGGGUGAUGUGCACGCAAUGGAUGGUCCUGAAUGCACCGUCGGUGGCCGUGGGGCCGACGAAUCAAUGGGGACCGUGGAUUGUCAGCCAAGUCUGACGACUCCGACCGGACACAAUCCGUUGGCGAUUGGUGAAAGCGACAAUGAUCAUCAGCGAUGUAAAUCGAAUCACUCCACCUCAUUACGGACAUUAAAAAAGCCGGAUCCUUAUAGAGAACUGGAGCUGUAUCUGGCCCGAGUCAUUGAGGAAAUAGACGAUAUCAUCAUCACCACUCCGCCAUUGCCUUCUCAAAAUGACCCCUCCACCCUUCAAAGGACUGUCAGGUCCGUCUAUCAUUCCGACGCACCAACGAGGCAAACUCCACCAAACUCAGCAACCAAUCUUCUCCACCACCCUUCGAAUUCCUCAUCACCCCCUACCAUAAAAGUUACCAACCGACCUAAUUUCUCAUCUUCAACAGCAUUCCCCUCGAUUAAAAUUACCGCAUUACUCCCUCCACCGAAGCAGUCACCUGCCACUGAGCCCCCAGUCAUUCGAUAUGAAGAUUUGCUCGAUGAAUUUGGCAUAUCUGAUGAAAAAAAAUCUUCACAAAACGAUUUCUCCAUCAAUUCCUCAGGGAAUUCCAUCCCCACUAUUGGAGAGUCAGCCGAAAACUUAUUGAACAAUGAUUAUGCAGAACCCCGAGAUACUAUUCCUAUCGCUGGGCAAUCUCGCCGGAGAAGUGGAAGUCUUCCGGUCAAUCUGAAUGAAACCACAAAUAAACAAUAUGAUGGAACAAGCUCUGAUUACGAUGAGCCAUUCUACAAUGAUUCACCAACAGAAUUAAAAAUCCUGGAGAAUCGAAAUAGUUCUAGUCUACCAAAUGAUCUCGAGUGCUCAUCACAAAGACAAGAUAAUAACUGUAAUUAUUACACGGUGAUUAAAAACCAAGCAGAACCAAAGAAACCAGUAGACUUAAGUUUGAAAUUUAACUGCGAUGAACUGAGUCAAUCAAACGCUAGAUUACCACCAAGACAAUCAUCUGAUAAUCGAGAGAGAAGAAAGAACAUUUUUCUGAGUCCAAUGAGCUUUAGAAAAAAGAAUGCAAAGCUGCACAGGAUUGGGAUUACUCCUGGAGCAGUUCAAUCAACAAAUGGGAAUUCAAACAAUUCAAUGAACAACGAGAACAAUUUAAUUAUUUCCACCAACGCUACUAGAUCUGCUCCUGUCACUCCCACUGAGGAUAAGCGAUUGUUCUCGAAGUCUUUGUCGAAAAAUCAUAGUCCUCUCUAUGAUGAUGCUCAACAAAAGGUGGCGCUCAUUAGAGUUUCAUCUCUGCCAGAGCAAACCUUUGACACAUCCAGAGAACAAUUGAAGAGUGAACGGAAGCAUUCUUUCCCAGCCGUGUCCUUGGGGCAGAAGAGGUCGGUUUCACCUGUUACCUUGAGAUGUGAUAUCAUCGCCAACCGACUAUCUGAGUCAGAUAAAAUUAUUGGAAGUGUGCAUUGGAAUAAAGAGAGAAUGAAUCCGUCUGGAGUUGGAGAAACAGGGAGGAUUAAUGAUGGUGGAUGCUGGAAUGGACAAUUCAAUGCUGAUAAGAAAGAAAUUGACGAUAAGGAUGGUGAUGGUGGCGAGAGUAGGGGGAAUGGACGCUCUGCAUCGCUCACUGUGUCAUUGACAACUUUACUGUCAAGGCUUCGAACUGGCACAGGGUCCUGGUGCCCGGCUAGUCCACCAGCUGAGUCGUUCAUUUGCUCUGAUAUGGCGACUCAGACGUCGCCUCCAAUCUCACGGAGUUCGAGUUUUACGUGGGUUAGCGAUUGUGAGUCUCCCCGAGAAUCCCGUCUGGACAUUCGAUCUCUGCAAGACGAAAGUGUACUCGACCCUUCAGCCCAAGACACCGUGGAUGACGACAACCGAUCCUCUUCUUCAUCUCAAGAUUUACUCCAAAGUAUGGAUGAAAUUUCUUCCGGGAGUAUCUCCCCGGAUACCACCGAUGGCGCAUCCCCAUUAGAGAGUGGAAUUGGAACGGCCAGUCCACCUAGGAGUACAGAUCGACGAAUAAUCAACCCGUCGACUAGCAACAAAUGUCACAGAAAGGAAACUUGGGAGAAAAUACGAAGAAGGCCAUCGAAACUGAGUUCGAGAUAUGAUAAAUCACGUUCAGCUGAUGUUUGGGUGAAGAGGGAGAGCGUUCACACGCAGACGAACGAAAAUAUUGAUCAAGCUUUCCAAGAAAAUAAUGACAGCAGCAGUCAGGACGAUACGUUACCCAGAACUAAACCGUCCAGAUCGAGUAACUUGCCCCUUGGUCUAACAAUGACGACCAGUAGCUCCCUAAGUUCUGGAGAGAUGCUUGAACCUUUACUACGUGUAGUGUCUUCAUCCUCUGCUGGGAGCUUACAACUGAAACACGAGUCAGUCACAGUGGAAUUGAGUGGAAAGAGCAACAGUGCGCCAUUGUUGGAGAAUAACGACAGAGGAGAGAAAACCGAGCCAAAACAGCACAUCCAGUAUGUAAGAUCGCAGUCCGAGUGCUACUUAUCAGAAAUUGAAGCUCAAGAAGCUUGCAAAUGGCUGCGAGCUGCAGGGUUCCCGCAAUAUGCCCAGAUGUACGAAGAUUGUCAAUUCCCACUUGAAGUAUCAGGAGUGGCCAAAGACCAUCCAUUUCUCGAAGCUGAUUCACUUCAAAGUCUCUACCGUAGACUUCACGCACUCAAUCGUUGCGCAAACAUGAAGUUAGAUACUCAUCACACCCACCAUCAUCAUAACACGAGCCACAGCAAGAGCUCUAACCAGGGUGGUGAGGACUCCGACGAAGAUACCCAGUGCGCCCUGAGCGAGAAUUGGACUUUCGAGAAGAAGACCCGCCGUUGGUCCCGAGUCUGUGACGUCACUCAGGCAAACCUCGAGCGUCUCCAAGCGAUUGCGGGUCAGAUCCCCUCCGAGGAAGACUCCCUUGAAGACCGUCUUGAAGCCGAGGAAGCCUCUGACACAAUGAUCGACAACCGCUUUGCUACCUCUCCGCAUCCUCUCCCGGACGAAAUGUCACCAAAAUUCCGUAGAACCGGUUCAGAACGUCUUCGCGACGGUGCCAAAGCUUUCCUCCGCCGAGUGGAAUCCCUGAAAUCUCGUCGUCGAAAGCGUCAGAACCGCGAGGGUGUCGUAAUAAGUGGUCCCCAAGUUCUGGACAUGAUGUCAAUGCAACAAAAAAUGAAAGACCUGAACUGCGUCGACGUCUCGCCCACCGGUGUAUCUCCAAUGACCUUCGAUCUCCUUCCUCCAUCCCCCCUGAACCGCCCCAUCUCACCCUUGACCCUGCCCCCCUCCCCGUAUCACCUGCCUGUUCAAACAAAUCUGCCGUUAACUAGUCCCUUCGGAGACGACUCCUCCAGCUAUUGCUCUGAUGGCUCCCAAGGUGGUGGUCCCACCCCUGCACCCCCGCGCAACAAAAUGAACAAAGCAAGAAAGUUCCUCUAUCGGAAUCGUGAGGACCAAGGUGCUCUGAGUGACUCAGAGUGUCAACCAUCAAGCUGGAGGCACAGAUACUUAAAAGAUGCAAAUAGCAAUCACACAAAAAUCUUUGAGUACGUGAAUAUACACCCCCAGAACCAACAUCAGAAUCAAACUUUGAGUCCGAAGCCAGAGAAAAAGUUGAAGGAAAUCAAUACCAGAGGAGGGAGUUUGAAUCUCGGUAAAGACUCACAGAGGUAUCGAGACAAAUUAUCUAAAGAUGAUAAAUCAUCAAAACGAGAAGAGAAGCUGCAUAAGAGCUUUAGACAUGUUCGUGACGACUCUUAUAAAGAGUGUAAACAACUAGCAAAGGAGGUGACGGUGACGGUUUAUCGGGAGAAGUCGAGAUCAAGGAGUUCUGAGUUGGCGAGUCAAGAGAGCAGUUCGACUAUGGCCAGCAGAGAUUCAGAUCAAGAAGAAGAGUCACCGAGGCUUAAGAGUAGUGUCGUGAGGUGGCACAGCUUUCAGAGAGGCUCUCUUUAUCCUGAACCAUUGGACCCAUUAUGUCAGAGGGCAAUGGCGUCCAUGUCUUGUGGACAACUUUUGGUGCUGAGGAAGCUUGCUCUGUUGAAAUUGACAGCUUGCAUGGAGCGCUAUUGUCCAACUCAUCGCACUGGCUGGAACUGGGAGCUGCCGAAGUUCAUUAGGAAGAUCAAAUCCCCGGAUUAUAAGGACAAAACUGUGUUCGGAGUUCCAUUAUUGCUUUCACUGCAGAGAACUGGUCAGGCCUUGCCUAAGUGCAUACAGAUUGCUUUGAGGUGGUUGAGAGCCAACGCUUUGGACCAAAUUGGAAUAUUCAGAAAGAGUGGAGUUAGAUCGAGGAUUCAGAAGCUCAAAGCAAUGACUGAGAUUCAAGGGGACAAUAUCAAUUUUGAUGGACAACAGGCAUUCGAUGUUGCUGAUUUGGUGAAGCAGUAUUUCAGGGAAUUACCCGAGGCAUUGCUGACGAAUAAGUUGUCCGAGACAUUCAUUGCCAUUUUUCAACACGUUCCGGUGGAGCUGAGACCCGAUGCCGUACAAUGCGUCUUACUGCUGUUGCCGGAUGAGCAUCGGGAGGCGCUGGAGACGCUUCUCGAUUUUCUUAAUCACGUGGCGAGCAACUCUCCGUAUAACCAGAUGACUGCGUCCAAUCUAGCGGUGUGUUUGGCACCAAGUUUGUUCCACUUCAACCAUACAAAUUCGAAUGUAGCUAAUCGAUCGAGCAGUGUUUCACCGAGGAGGAGGAAGACGGUGGGAACUCCGGAUCAGAGAGAGCUGUCGGAGAAUAAAGCCGCUCAUGAUUGUCUAUUGUAUUUGAUCAAACUUCACCGGGAGUUGUUUAUGGUUUCAUCGGAUAUGUUGACUCAGUGUCACUUUAAUUAUAUGGAGGAGAGUGUUCCUGUUGCUCUUGAGGAGUUGGGAUCAGAGAUGAAGCAGGACUGGAGAGGAUACAUGUAUGCAUGUACUACAGCUUUAUUGAAGGAAGCACGUGAGAAAAGUCGUGGAUGGGUGACAGUGAACAACCCAGCGGACACCAGUAUCGAGAUGGCGUACAAGAAAGUGGGUGACGGUCACCCCCUGCGUCUCUGGCGUGUAACAACCGAGGUCGAAGCUCCGCCAAACGAGCUGCUGCACCGGGUCCUCCGAGAGCGUCACAUCUGGGACCCCCAGCUCCUGAAAUAUCGUCUAGUGAAGAAACUCGACUCUGAUGCCGAGAUAUUUCAGUACGCGACAGGCAACAUGAGCCCCUUACCAGCUCGUGACUAUUGCGUCCUACGUACCUGGCGCACUGACCUGCCCAAGGAUGCGUGUGUAAUCGUAGAGACAUCAGUGGAGCAUCCAGACGCACCAGUUCUGCUUGGUGGAACACGCGGUAUCGUUCUCGCCUCGCGUUAUCUCAUCGAAAAAUGCGGAAGUGGAAAAUCAAGGAUUAUGCAUCUGUCUCGUGUGGAUACCAAAGGCAGAACACCAGAAUGGUAUAACAAGAGUUAUGGACACAUUACUGCACUUCACUUGAGCAAAAUACGUAAUUCAUUCAAGCAUACGGCAGACGGACCUGAGAGCAAAGUCUGAGACAGGAGCACCGUACAAUGCGCGUCAUUGUACGGUUCGCAAAAUUUUGAUAUAGAGUCGAUUACGUCAUCGGAGAGAUCGUCCGAUCAGUCGUCAGUGGAAAUGGAUUUGUUAACGGUACCUUUGUUCAUCGAUGAGUGAUGAGGUGUCAAUCAAAAUGAUGGUUUCACGGCUGUGGGGGAUGUAGAUGAUGGCAGGUUUAUCAAUUGAAUUUGGAAAUUGCUGCGGGCAGAUCGUUUUUGGGGAUGGAAUGGUGGAAUUGAGGAAUUGAAGUCAUCAAUGCUAAUGGAAUGAAUUUGACCUUUUUCGUGAUUGUGCAUUCAUCUUAGAUGUGAGUGAUGAUAAAGAAAGAAAUUCACCGUUGAAAAUAUCUUCUGAUUUCCUCUGAAAUUACUCACUAGCAGGAUUAUUCCGUCAUUGUGGAGAUGUGAUAGAUAGAUUUGAAUCUACUGUUUCCAGAAAAAAAUCUGGAUAUUUGGAAAAUGAAUGUUGAAUUGAAAUCGUCUCGCCAAUUUUUAUAUUUUCUUUAAAAAUCAUUCUCACUUAUUUUUACGUACUUCAACAUUUUUUUCACUCACAUAAAAAUUAUCAUUAGGCAUUUAUGGAAGUGUAAACGUUAGAAUACUGAACAAAAUAUGAUGGAAAUAUCAAAAUUUCUGUCGUUAAUUAAAAUCCAAUGAUUUAUCGUGUUAAUCAACUAAUCUUUGACAGUACUAAGAUUCAAAAAUCCAUAAAAUUCCAAUUUCUGAACGAAUGAACAGUAGGUUAGGUAAAAUAUCAAAAUACCGCGUGAAUAUGUCUUAUAUUGCCUUCCCGGACCAAAUACAUUUUUUUAUGCUAAUUAUAUUAAAAUUUUUCUCUUCAGAUUUAAGAUUAUUAUUAACGGAACUGCGAGUGUGUAGGAGAGUUAAAUGUGAAUGUGUGCCUGGAACAAUUAAUUAUAAAAUCAUCGAGUCACUAACCGACUCGAGGUGCAUUGCAUUAAUUCGAGGUACCUGGAAAAUAUUUAUGGGACCACGUGGUUUUUUUUUACCAAGUCCCAAUAUAGUAAGAAAGAUUAAUGAGCAAAUAAAAUGUCUUGUGCAUGAUAAUCGUAUGACAGAUAUCUCUAAAUGUAUUUCAGUCGUAAUACUAGUCACUUACAUGACUUGAGCGCAUAAGAGUUGACAAGAGUUUUUUUUUCUUCGAAAAAUCUAUAGUUUUUCAUUCUGUAGUGAUUCAACGUCAUAUGUUAUAUGAGAUGUAAGAGAAUGGGCGGAGAAAAAUUAUAUUCAUUAUAUAGUAUAUAUGAAUGUUAUGAAGAAAAUGAUAUUUUUGUGUCAAAUGCCAGUAGAAACAUCCAGAUGUAAACAUGAAGAUAAAACAAAAUAAAGUGGAAAAGAUGUGUAUCUA